UCUAAAAAAACCCUACUUUAAUGCUAUACAAGCAAGGUUAUCAAACCUUCCCGUUUAUAUCGUUUAUAUAAUUAGCCUAUAUCAAAUCUCAAGGCCCAUUUAAGAUAAACCAAAAAGUAGAGCGAAUGAAACUGAAAUGCUGUUAAGUUGUCCAUCUUAAGAACAGUACUUCGCAAGCUGCUACCAACUGAACUGCACGAAAUUUGGUAGAGAAUUUAUUUAUUUUAUUGCGACAUGGACUUGGAAGGAAAAAAUGUAGUUUACCUUGGCGGAUUCGGUGGCAUAGGCAAAAAUUGUGUACAAGAACUGCUUAAGAAGCAAAUAAAAGGUCUGGCCAUUUUUGACUUGAUUGUGGACGACGAACUCUUGGCGGAGUGGAGAGAGCAGAAUUCUAAAACUGAAAUCUUCUACCAAAAAGUGGACAUCACUCAGAAAUCGGAUAUAGAUACUGCCUAUAAAGCGGCUACGGAAAAACUGGGUCACUUUGAUGUGGUGGUCAACGGAAUUGGCCUUUUGGAUGAUCGUCUGAUUGAACUGACCAUUCAAAUUAAUCUGAUGGGAGUUAUCAACAGCACUUUGACGGCACUGGAGUACAUGGACAAGUUCAAAGGUGGUAGAGGUGGACUCAUAGUGAACAUUUCCUCGGUAGCCGGACUUCAGCCCACGCCUUUGAUGGCCAUUUACUCAACAUCCAAAACUGGUGUCACCACAUUUACCAGGGCCAUGGCUAGUCCCAUCUAUUUCGCUCACUCCGGUGUGGGCUUCAUCACCAUCUGUCCAGGCUAUACGGAUACCGGUAUACUUGAGGAUAUAGAUAAGAAAACGACAUUCCCAUUUUGUAACACUCGCAUGCGGACAGUCUUCAGCAAGGUGAAACGGCAGACGGUGGAGGUUUGCGCCCGGAAUACAGUCCACGCCAUCGAGACGGCUAAGAAUGGAGCAGUUUUUAUGCUGGAACUGGGCGAGAUCCAAGAAUUGGACAUACCAAACCUGUGGAAUCCCCAGCUAGAUGAUUGAACAUUCGUCUGUUUAAGCUGAAUGUAAUUAUAAUAAACCUUUUUUGUGUUCUAUGUAAUCCCACACAAACCGCAAGAAUUGAUCAAGUUUGCAGUCAAUCUGAAGCAAAUCAAGUCAUAUCAAA